GAGAGGUUUUCCACCACACCAAUGUGGCACUUGUUUUCUUACAUUCCUUCCCUUCUUACAUACCCUGUGUCGGAAAAGAAAGGAACGCAUUCUCAUGCUCAGCUCAAAAAGUAAAUACGUAUCAUUCUGGGGCAUAAUGGAAUGGGGAAGGACGGAAGGGUUGUCCUCUUUUAUCUAAUCUGGGCCGAAUCUCAGCACGUUCUCUCGCACCAACGCUUCGGAGUUAGGCUUGUUUUUAAGUUAUGCCGGCCUCAUGCCCUUCGGGUGUCUUCAGCUUUGGCCGGACGUCGAAUCGGUGACAUAAAACCUCGCAAGGAUAAAGCAUGCGCGCCUGGAUGCCUGGCCUGACUUUGCUCCCCCACCUUUCCCUCUCUCAGGAUGUUCUCUGACGGACCAGAGUAUAAGGCACGCUUGGCUCGCCCAUAUGCCCCUCCGACUGUGACGCUAAAACAAAUCCACGACGCCGUACCGAAGCACCUCCUGCGCAAGAACCCCUGGUGGUCAGCUGCAUACGUGCUUAGAGACAUUACAUUCACCAUCCUCCUUUUCAAAUUCGCAUCAUCUAUCAACCCCUGGGCGCGCGGAGACUUUGGUGGGAUAGUGCCAGUUUCAUAUAUUCCCCUGGUCAAGUACUCGCUGUGGGCAACCUACUAUUGGUUCCAGGGUCUAGUUUGGGCGGGAGUGUUUUGCCUGGGACAUGAUGCUGGUCAUGGAACGUUGUUUAAUUCUAGCAUUGUGAACAACGUCGUUGGCUUCACGCUUCACACGUUCCUUCUAAUUCCCUAUUUUGCGUGGCGGUCUACUCAUCAUGCUCACCAUAAAGCAACUGGCUCUAUUGAGCGUGACGAGAACUAUAUUCCUUACACUCGCAGUGAAUACAACUUGCCUGAGGAAAAGAAGGCCAGCAAAGCAGAUUAUGCUGAAAUCUUCGAAGAAACACCUAUUUACACCCUCGGUAGGGUAUUGGUUAUGCAAGGACUUGGCUGGUGGUUGUAUUUGACAUACAAUACAAUGGGUUCAAAGAUGUACCCUCCUGGUACGAGUCACUGGAGUCCAAGCUCCCCUCUAUUCAAGGAUAAACAACGCAACUCGAUUAUCAUUUCCAACAUCGCCCUCUGCUGCCAGCUCUUUUUACUCAGCUAUAUCGGUCCUAAAAUCGUGCUCAAGUACUACCUGCUGCCAUACUUAGUCAUGUUCACGUAUCUGCAUCAUUCCGACCCUACUAUCCCCCACUAUCGCAAGGAAGAGUGGUCAUUCCUCAGAGGCGCAGCUUCCACCGUUGAUAGGCCUUUGAUGGGCUGGAUGGGAAGGUUUUUCAUGCACAAUAUCUCCCAUGAUCAUGUCGCACACCAUUUCUUCGUUGGUGCACCUUUCUAUAACGGUCCGAAAAUAACGAAGGCCAUUCGCAGCGUCUUAAAGGAUGACUAUAACUAUGAUUCUACAAAUACUUUCUAUGCCCUCUGGCGUUCAUUUACUCAAUGUGUGUUUAUUGAAGAAGAGGGAGGGAUAGUCUUCUACAAGAAUAGAUACGGCGAGCAACAGCGACAGCUUCAAGAAGAUGUCGUUAAAGACAUACAGGCGAAGGGAUGGGAUCCGAAGGCACAAGACGAACUGGACAGCAGCGCUUCUAAAGACCUUGCAUUCAGUGGACCUACGGACUUGAAUUGAAGUGCUUUACAUAGGGUUUUAUGUCCCGGCAUUCGUGAAGCUGUACCAUCUUUCGAUGUAUUAGAACGUCUUUUUUUUCUGUACGAAUGCUAGUAAACAAUUGUACGAUCCUGCGAGGAAUUUAACAGUCUGGCCAUGGCGUAGCAAUGAAAUGUUCGAGUCACCAUGACGGUGGCAAUUGCGA